UGCAGAAAUACACGUCACUAGCCUGAGGCUUCGCAACAUACCACUACGAGUCUCACCUCAAUUCAGCCUUAAUCUGCGGCCCCAGUUAUUUAUGGUGUGAGGGAAAUCACCGUCCUAUUAUCAAGAGCGAAACGAAUACAUACAAUAAAGGCAUGACGUAUUUGGUGGGUGAAGACUGGAAAAACUACUUCGAUGUUGUAAUAGUUCAAGCUAGAAAACCCAGAUUUUUCACCGACGAAUCAAGACCCCUUCGGAUAUAUGAUGAGAUUGAAGAUACGCAACUCUGGGAUCGAGUGACGAAAUUACAAAAAGGAGUUAUAUAUCUUGAGGGAACAGUAAAACAACUCCAAGAUUUGACUGGGUGGUCUGGGCAUCAAGUGCUAUACUUCGGUGAUCAUCCUUAUAGCGACCUUGCUGAUGUAACCCUUGAACAUGGAUGGAGAACGGGUGCAAUUAUUAAAGAACUAACGCACGAAAUUGAGAAUUUGAACAACCCGACUUUCAAACGCAAUGCGAACUGGUUACAAAUGCUGACAGCAUUAAUAGAGGACCAUCAGGAUUAUGUCAACUCUGACAAUGUCGAUCUUCUUAAAGCUUGGAUGCAUGAAAGGGAUUUACUGCGUAAUGAAAUAAAACAAGUCUUCAAUCAUCAAUUUGGAUCAGUAUUUCGAACGUAUCAUAACCCCACAUAUUUUUCACGUCGUUUAUUCAGAUUUGCAGAUAUAUAUAUGAGUUCAAUCACGAACUUAUUAAAUUAUUCUACAAAUCACACAUUUUAUCCACGACGUGGUGUGAUGCCACAUGAAUAUACCAGCUAUUUCAUGUAAUGCAUCAAUCACGUCAUUCGGUUUAUAGUUAAUCAUUACUUGCUUUUAGUAGAACAAUUGUCCGACGAAUAUGCCGCGGAAAAUAAAUUAUACAUGCAUAAUCAUCUAAUUACGAUAGAAGCUAACAUUUGUUCACAAUAAAAAUUAUGUGAUAGGGAAGAAACAUCUUACGCUAUGUAUACAUACUAAUUCGUGAUAUGAAUGAUAUUUUUGAGUCAUAUAGUCUAUAAUUUAAUAAACCAGGAAAUAAGAUCAAUAUCGUUGGGAAUUUUCACGCGGACCAAUAAGAUUUUUGUGAUGAUCAUAAUUUAUUGUAAUAGUCGAGUUAUUGUGGUACUAGAUGUUGAAUACCAAAUAUUAGCGUUCAUAAUAAAGUUUUAAACAAAUUACCAUGA